AUGUCUGAAGUAAACAACGCAUGGAAGCUAGGUGCAGCAGGGCGGAUCGCGGAGUCAAUUGUGUUUUCCUGCAAGAAAUUCUGUGCUUCGCCCUGGUUCCUCGUAAUCUGUCUCGCGAAUGGUGCAUCAGCCAGCCUGAACUGGAACCUUGGACAACGGAAUUCUAGUCUGGCUGGGUGCAACGAGCCCGAGAAAUGCGCCGCCUCCCCGUUCAUCUACUACAGCUGCUGCAACGGAUCCUGCUGCAGCCAUUUCCAACCGAUUGUCUGGAUUACUGAGACCCUGGCUCCCGAGUCGAAGGUAACGACACCGUACUCCCCAAAAUUUGUGACAAGGAUACCUCACACAUCUCUCUUCAGCUUACUGUUACUGUUAUUCCUACUUUGGGCGGAUUGUUUUAUUAACAAAAAAAAUGAGCAUGCAUUCACUUCUUGUCCAAGAAUAUCGAUCAGUAUGGGACGCAUCUACUAUCUCCGUAUUGAAGCCUACCGCUGUCGCUUGAGAAAUGUCUGCAACGCCUCCGGCCAGUAUUGUGGCUGUUCACCAAAUCUGCAGCAACAGUGCAGGUCGGAUUACCUCGCGUACUACACUUGCUGUCACGGGGAUUGUUGCAUUCAUCUGCAGCCUAUACCUUACGUCUUCCUAUGCAUAGUAGUCUUCCUCUUCAUCAUCGCGGUUUGCUAUGGCUGCUGCAGUUUGGCCUGCAAUUGGUGCUGCUGCUGCCGGCAGAAGCAAACAGGACCUCAUCUUCCCUACAGU